ACGGGCACCCUUCUUCUGCCACGCCCAACCUGGACUGGAUGGCGUCCCGAGGGCUGCGGUUCACCGACUUCUACAGCAGCUCCCCGGUGUGCAGCCCGUCCCGGGCAGCCCUGCUGACCGGCCGCUUCCAGAUGCGCUCCGGGGUUUACCCCGGUGUGUUCAACCCAGACUCGCAGGGAGGUCUGCCGCUGUCUGAGGUCACCAUUGCAGAGGUGCUGAAGGCUGAGGGCUAUGCCACAGCCAUGGUUGGCAAGUGGCACCUUGGCCUGGGGAUUAAUGGCUCCUUCCUGCCCAUCCACCAGGGCUUUGACCACUUCUUGGGGGUGCCCUACUCCCAUGACCAGGGCCCCUGCCAGAAUCUGACCUGCUUCCCACCCGACAUCAAGUGUUUUGGGACUUGUGACCAAGGCUUAGUGCCAGUCCCACUGAUCUGGAACCAGACCAUCGUGCAGCAGCCGGUCUUUUUCCCUGAUCUGGUGCCACGCUACAAUAAAUUCUCCCGGGACUUCAUCGCUGACUGUGCCCGACGAGGCGUCCCCUUCCUUCUCUACUAUGCCUCCCAUCAUACACACUACCCCCAAUUUGCAAGCCAGGAGUAUGCAGGGCAGUCACGGCGUGGGCCGUUUGGUGAUGCACUCUUGGAGUUUGAUGGCUCGGUGGGACAGCUGCUGCAGGCAUUGCAGGAAAACGGUCUUGCAAACACCACCUUGGUGUUUUUCACCUCUGACAAUGGCCCCUCCACCAUGCGGAUGGCACGUGGAGGCAGCUCUGGCCUUCUGAAGUGUGGGAAGGGCACAACAUACGAAGGUGGCAUGCGGGAACCAGCAGUGGCUUAUUGGCCAGGCCAUAUCGCUCCAGGAGUGACACAUGAGCUGGCAAGCACCCUGGACAUCCUGCCAACACUGACUACCCUGGCUGGAGCAGCUCUUCCCAAAGUUGCCCUGGAUGGCUAUGACCUGAGUCCAGUGCUGUUUGGGUCAGGGACGAGUCGCCGUCAGACGAUGUUCUUCUACCCGCCGUCCCCCGAUCCACUGCACGGCCCCUUCGCUGUCAGGCUUGGAAAGUACAAGGCCCAUUACUUCACACAAGGUUCCUUUCACAGUGAUACGACCCCAGACCAGGCCUGCCACGGGCUGACGCCGCUGACCUCUCACUUGCCUCCGCUGCUCUUUGACCUGGAGUCAGACCCAGCCGAGAACUAUGAUCUGCUGCAGAGCGGCGCAGGACUGGAGGUUCUGCAAGUCCUGAAGGAAAUCCAACUGCAGAAAGUGCUUUUUGAACAGCGCAUGGAGUUCGGGGAAAGCCAGAUCAGGAAAGGCAGGGAUCCCGCCCUGCAGCCCUGCUGCGUACCAAACUGCACUCCUAAGCCUUCCUGCUGCCAGUGCUCCUAGCCUCUUGCUGCUCCAUCCCCUUCAGCUGCUCCACACUGGAACCCUAUUCCAAACCCACCAGACCCCUUCACUCCCAACUGACCAAGCGCAGCCUUAGAGCUACCCUGCAGCUUCAGCUCAUAACAUCUCUGACUAAUGGAGUGCUGGGGUAGGAAACUGUGGGUUGGGGAGAUUACCAACCCUGCCGGGAGUGCAGGUCAGUGGAGCUUGUGCUCUGUGUUGGACGUUCAAGCUGAGGCCUCUUGACAGAAACCCUGACUUGUUCAGGGAGGGACCAUGAUAGAGCAUCAUCUCCAGAGCCAGAGCAGUUCCUUUCAAACCAUGAUCAAGAUGAAGCAAAGGGCAUGCCCCAGCAUCCAGAGAUCCCAGCUCAGCUGGAGGCAUGCUCUGCACCGCUGGGUGCGAACAGAGCAGGGAGCUGCAGCACCGUCACUUACUUGCCAGGGGCCAAGAGCGCAGCAAGGGGAGGAUGGGAUGGAUGGUUGUGGUAGCUUCAGAGCCAGGACCUUGUGCAAGCUAGUGCAGAGGGAACAUGCCUAGGUGGGAAGCAGCUCAGGGUAUGCAUGCUCAAGCACCUCCAAGUCCUUCAUGACUCCAGGAGGUGGAGAUGUGGCCAGUGGUUGGCAGGCCUGGUCCUCUUGUAAGGUCUGUGGAUGCUGGGGCUGAUCCGUCAGGUGGGCUGCAACCGCAUGCCAUCCACAUGACUGAAAGGGUCUCUCUCCUCUUGCCUGUGAACUAGUCCAGCUUCAAGUCUACUAGCGACUUGCACCCGCACUCAGCGCUCCCGCCAGUAGCUGGCCCUAGACACUCGGUGUCUCCAGCCGCCAGGUCCCUAUGACCGGAGUUCCCUUCUGCCGUUGCUAGCAGCCAGGCCCCUGGACCCACCCCCCCACCGGGUACAGAGUGAGGCCACACAGAGCAGGAUUUGGGAUCGCUCUCGGAAAGAAGGUAGGACGGACUGUGGGGAUUAGGCGCAGGGCUCAAGUCAAAUAAGCAAACCAACCAGCAGUUGGCUUAUGUGUGACCUGGCUCCUUGAUCCCCCCCUUCUCUCCACUUUCCAUGCUUAUACAUUGCCCUCAUCUUCCUCAACUCCUCCCUUUCUCUGCCCUUAUCUCCUCCCAAACAAGGGACCUACCCCUGUUUAAUUUUCCCCCCUUGCUCCCAGGUUUGCUACAUCUGUGAAUGGAUUUGGUGUUGCAGGUGCUCUUAGCUGGGUCACCUUGGACUUCCAUGGCAUUACUGAUGGGGUUUCCAGGGUACUGCUGUCCCUGCCAGAUUCCUCUCCCCAAAAUGACCCCAAAUCUUCCUUCAGUUAUCUGUGAAGUGGGGCCACCUCUCGCAUCAAUCCCCCUUAACCACCUGUAAACUCUGGUGCUGGAACAGCAGAGUAUCCUUCCGCAGAAGAAAAGUUUUCUCUAAGGCCUUCUCUGUCUGCUCUAAGCAGAUAUGGGGUGCCACCUUCAUGUCAGUUCUCAAAAAACAGAGCAGCUUUGAGUCCAGUUUGUUUGGGGCUCAAUUCUGGUGCCUAUGGAGCCAUGCUAUGCCUGAAGGGCCUUGAGAGCAGCUAUUGCACUUUCAGACAGAGCCUGCCCUGUCAUCCCAGGGACCAGGUUGUGCACUCAGCUGUGUGCCUUACGGCUAUUCCCACAAGCCAGCAUGGCAGCGGGAAGCCCCCCCACCUUUCACAAGCUUUGAGGCUGCCAUUCUUCAAGCCAAUGCCCUCUAGCCUCCAGGGACCUAGCUCUGCUCAGCAAAUGCAACGCAUGGGGCUGGCUCCUGCUUUUCUCCUGUGACUGCCCAGCACUCCAGCAUGUGAGCAAGGCUCCACCAUACAGCUGUGGAAGGUAGACU